UUAGUUUCAGUUUUUUUCUUUUUUCUUUUAAAAAAAACUAAAAGUAAUCAACUUCCAAACAUAGUUCUCAAAAGUUUCACUGUUGUUGAAAGUUGUAUACUGCAUUGAUGCAACCUGCUGAAUACUGAAUUCUAUUUACUUGCAGAAUUCACCAAAAAUCAUAACCCCCCUCUCAUUUCUUCAUGUCUAUAGUUAAUUUACUUUAAAAACUUCACUUCAAUCGUAAAAUAGAGACAGAUACUCGUGGAUUUUUCGGAACCUGCAGCUGUAAAUGGACAAAGGCAUUAUUUAGCCGACGAUAACGACUUAGUCUGUUAAAAUUGAUUUCAUUUCUUUAAAAUGUUGUUUCUUCGACUUUCCUUUUUCCGUGGAAUUCAACGAGGCAUAUCCAUGUCAAUACCGCGAAGGCAUAUUCCCAUUCGUCAUUCGUCUUCUAAAAGCCCAAAAGAAGCCUACGAGAUUAAAGUCAAAGAAGGAAAUUGGAGGCCUGAUCCUCACCAAGAAAAAGCGGUUGUUCUUGUCAAUCGUUUAUACCACGAGUUACAAUCAUACACACAACCUCCAGUGCCCAAAGAAAGUUUAUAUUUGCCCAGACGAGAGAAGGAAGGAUCCAAUUGGUUUUCAAAAUUUCGUAGCACAAUAAACAAGUGUGCUUCCAGCUUCAAACCAUCAUCUUUCGUUGCUCCCCAAAUACCGAAAGGCAUAUAUCUAUAUGGUGAUGUUGGAUGCGGAAAAACCGCAUUAAUGGACUUGUUUUAUAAUAACCUUCCUUCGAAUAUUACUCAUUCCAAGCGCAUCCAUUUUCACGCCUUCAUGCUUCAUAUCCACCAAUCGGCACACCAUUUGAAACAAGUAUACGGCUAUGGCGUUGAUACCAUUGAAUAUCUUAGUGCUCAGCUUGCAAGUAAAUGUACAGUGUUGUGCUUUGAUGAGCUGCAGGUUACAGACGUGGCAGGUGCUCUUAUCCUUCGAAGAUUGUUUGAAUGUUUACAAAAGUAUGGUGUCGUGAUCUUCAUAACGUCAAACCGAGCUCCAGAUGAUUUGUACAAAAAUGGAAUCCAAAGGGAGAGUUUUAUUCCUUGUAUCCAUUUACUUAAUGAAAGUUUGAAUGUAAUGUGCCUUGAUAGUCCCAACGAUUAUCGACGUCUUCAAACACAAACCGACGAUAUUUAUCUAUAUCCAUCGAAAGAUCCAAAGGUAAAAGAACAGGUGCAAGCAUUUUUUGAAACGUAUGGUGACCUUCAUGCAGACCCUACUCACAAGGUACAAUUAGAGGUUUUUGGAAGAACGAUCCUUGUUCCCAGAGUUAGUAAAGACACAGCUUGGUUUACUUUUAAAGAACUUUGUGGAGAACCAAAAAGUGCUGCUGAUUACAUUUCACUAGCAAACCGCUUUAAAGUAUUUAUUAUUUCUGAUAUCCCCCAACUCUCAAUUGAAGCUAAAGACAUUAUCCGGAGAUUUAUUAAUUUUAUUGAUGCAGUUUAUGAUGCUCGUGCCAAGAUUAUAUUAUCUGCUGAUGUUCCCGUGGAUCUUAUUUACCCUACGCCAGAGGGUUACAAACAUAUUCAGUCCAUAAAAAAUUAUAAUGAGAGUGUUGAAAACUCAGAAAUAGCUUCUGAAUCCAAUUAUCACGGUGAUUUUGGAGGAGUUGAAGAGGUUUUUGCUUUUUCGCGUUGUCUCAGUCGACUUGCUGAAAUGCGUAGAAGCGAUUGGUUCCAACCAUGAACAUUUUAGAUUCGCAAUACCGUUUAGUUACAGACUUUUUUUUCAACUGACGAGGUGCUUUCUUUUUAUACUGUAUAAUGUAAAUACAGGAUCGAUACUGCUUGAAGAAUACAAGUUUCCUAUAUGCAACAAAGAGAC